AUGCAGGCACUCAAGACUACUUUGACGUCUGUCUUGGAAUCUUUGCCGCACUCACCUGACAAGCGAACGCUCGAUGAAGUUGUCGCUUCGACGUUAAAGCAAGGACAGACUUCGUUCCCAGCUGAAAUAGUGAGGAAUCAGUGGGAGUUUGUACUCAAAGACGAAAUUUUUACGUUCUCGACUAUCGAAGGACAAGCCCUGAGGAACCCGAACACAACAUACUAUGCCGAUCUCAGGAGCAGACUUGAUCUCGUAUUGACCUUCACCGAACACGGCAUCUGCGACCAGAGCUUCGUCUUCCAUGUGCUCUAUGACCUGCUUGAGACUCAGACCAUUGCGUCAUGUUCGCACAUAUUCUCUUGGAUCGAGGAGCGUAUGGACCGCUUGACUGUGGACAUGGUCCCACAGAAGGGCAAGGCGCUCAUACUCCUCCGUGCGCUCAAUGACCUGUUGCGGCGGCUGUCCAAGAUGGGGAACACAACAAUGUUCUGCGGACGGAUCCUUACGUUCUUGAGCAGGGUAUUUCCACUGGGCGAACGGAGCGGGGUGAAUCUGAGAGGUGGGUAUGGGCCUGUUUGGGAUGGGCCUGGCGUAAAGGGCAGUGAGGGCGACAUCAAGAUGCAGACUCGGGAAGAAGGCGGAGAGAAGAGUGCAGAGGGUGGUGAGGAGGACAAGAUGGAAGUGGACGGAGUACAGGUAGAGGAGCAGGAAAAUCGGGAAGCUAAAAAGAACCAACAGAAGGCAGAUUUCUACGAUACAUUCUGGUCUUUACAGUUGCCUUUCUCCCGUCCCCCCUUAUUCUCAGAACCGGGCACAUUUGUUCAAUUCAAAGAAGCUGUGAACAAGAUUCUUCCUGUCAUCAAGGAAGCCACCACGAAAGACCGUGCGUUGAUGGGUAGCAAAUCGCUUGUUGGGAAUGCAGGAGGGCCAUCUCUUAAGCGCAAGCGAGACUCGGAAGGUGCUGAAGACAACACUGGCAAAGAAUAUUUCUUUGCCAAGUAUCUCACUAGUCCUGAGCUACUGGACCUUGAGAUUGCGGACACGCAUUUUCGACGACAGUUCUUGUUCCAGUUACUCAUUCUCCUCAACCAUUUACUCACAUUCACAAAGACCGUCAAAGCGACGUGGUCGACUCCACGGAAUCGUUCGCUGCAAAUAGAUUUCACCCUAGAGGCGGAGGAUGCACAGUGGGUGCAGGACAUUGUCGCGAAAGCAACCGAGGAAUUGCGGCAAACCGCACCAAGUGGACGUGCAUUCGCAGAGACAGUGCAGAUCAUCCUCGAACGUGAGAAGAAUUGGGUCAAAUGGAAGAAUGAGCUGUGCUCGCCUUUUGAUAAGAACUCCUGGGCGGAAGAGGUUGAAGGAGUAGAAGGACAGAAAAGAAGGGUUGGUCUUGAGGAGGCAACGAGGGAGGCGAGGAAGAAGAUGCGCCUGGAACCCGAGCCAUGGCCACAUUCCUUGGUUGAGUAUCCGAUUUUGUCCCCCCUUCUUACCUUCCGUCGCGAGGAUAUGGAUUUACAGUUUCUCAGGCCUGGGGACGUCAAGGAUUUCGUGAGAAAGGUUAAACAAGAAGAUAUGCGUAUUGACAUGCGGAGAAGCCAAUUGAUUAAGGCCGCUCAGAGGAUUGCGCAGGCACGCAAGGCUGCAGCACCGAAAGAAGAAACACCUUCGCCGUCGAAAGAAGCAGUUUCGGUACCUUCAAUAUCGCAGGAGCCAUCCGCGCAGCCUUCAACAACUCGUAUGGCUUCGUCAAACUCAGCUCCCUUACACCCGUCUUUGCCUGCCAAGCCUGGAACAGCACCGCCUACCUCUACGUCGCUGGAUAGUGUUCCUCAGGUCCCUGUACGCGCUUCGACACCGAUAAUAGCACCGGCACCACUGGUGGAAGCUGCACCUACUCUUCCCCCAGAUAACAUUAUUUCUGGAUAUGAGGAGAAUAAGCAACGAUGGUCGUGGCUCGCUUUACGGACCGCUCGCGACCAAUACUUGCAACAUUUUGGCAAGAUUGGCACGGGAGACGUUACUCUUCUUGCGCAGGAGAUCGAGAAGGAGAAGAAGGAGCGAGAGCGGGCCGCGGUCAGUGAGGAGCCGGGAGCGGGGAAUGGUACAACCCUUGUUGCGGGGACAACAGGGGCCGGAGAGGAGCGAGGCGCAAGUCCAAUGGCUGCACCAGGCGGGAACAGCGAAAAAGUCACGCCGAGGCUUGAAGAGAGUCCGAACGGUAGUGCGCAACCGAAGGAUCCGGAGGGCGAUGUGAAAAUGGAGGAACGAUGA